AUGUUUGCCUGCCUGCGCGGCAUUCACGAGCAGCGCACCGCGCCACCGUCGAAGUUUGGUGCACUGCCGUCGUCACAGAUGCAGCAGCGGCUGCAGCACGCCGCGUUUGCCGCAGUUGCAUCGAGCGAGCAUCACUUCACCCAACUGCACGAGCAGCGAGAAAAAAAGGCAGCAGAUGGCAUGUCGGCAGAACGGCGCCUGACGCACUUUAUCGCCCACGCCGUGCAGGACCACCUACGCGCUGUCGCCUUUGAGGAGGCAGCAGAAGCGGCUGCGGCGGAAUGCCAGGGCAGGCCCGCUGCAACAGUCCAGGCAGCACCUAUGAGCAAUGCGGAGGACGUUGUCCAGCUCCUCUGGAUGAACCGAACCAUGGCUCUUGGCGCCACGGUCUCCGUGUUGGCAGGCGACUGCUCCUCCAACGAGGCGCCGCUGACGGCUGCCCGGCAGCCAUUGGAAAGGCAGGCGCCUGAUGUGCAGAAAACUAUACGCCACCUGCGGGAGUCGUCUCCGGCGCUCUUGGCCGUCCUGUUGGAUGGAUCGGCGGUUGCUGCCAGUGCCCCGCCGGUGGUCGACGACGGCGACAACACUGCGGGGGCCGUGCCAGACUCUCGUCGUCGUAUUCCUCACGGCACGGUGGGGGCCAAGAGACCACGUGCGGGUGCGGAGGAGGAGGUGGACGUGCAAGGGUCGCAGCCGAACACGGGAUUGCACUUCACACUAAAAGUCGACGGCAGCCUGCUUCGCUCCCGACAGAACGAACGAGCACUGCCGACGGCCAGCCCAUCUUGGGGGAACCCGGUCAACAACACCAGCUUUCAGCAACAGCUGCCUGGCCCGCAUCGACAGCUCGGGGCCUCCGUUGAGGGUGAUAUUCCUUUUCCGGCUGAGCCUCACGCCAAGGGUCAAAUGAAACUUAACCUCGACGGCUACGGGAAGCUCUCUUUGGCGCAGCCACUCGUCACACCUUCGCGUGCGCCGGGUUUAGCGUCCGCGGCUCUGUCAAUUACUGCUGGCGGUGGCGCGCCGCACUCGCAGCCCUCGUUUGCCUCGCAACCGACUGCGUCUCCGUCAUACGCUGUCGCACAGAGAACGUGUCCGUCUCGUGGACGAUGGCCGAUGACCGAGAGCUGCGAAAACACUGCUGCCGAAGGAGCCAAGCAUGGCGUAAAUGCAAGAGAACUGCGUGGUGGAAUUUGCGCCGGGUUUUCGAAAAAGCGUGAGAAUGAGAAUGUGGAGGCGACUGCUAAUGUUGGCGGGCAGAGCAGCGGUGGCUUCGUCACCGCGGGUGAGCAGCUGGUGGCGGAUGUGCGGGCUGGAAGAGCUGCGCCCUCGGGUCUCUCACUACAACGCCGGGCACCUGCGCUUGGCCUGCGGCGUUCCGGCUUCACCCCUCCGUUUCAGCAGCAGCGACAGCAGACACCGCCUCCAAGGAGUGAUGGAGCGAACGCGGCCACCAGCGUAGCUGCUACUGUGCCCGUCGGCGAUGUACUGAGUUCCAUUCACAAGCACGCUUCGAAGGGGUCCCAUGAAUCUACAACGCGAGGGACGCGUGAUGAUCAUGGCACAGCACGAAACCGUGACGACAGUGACAGUGACCAAGGUGAGUUUCCGGCAUCGCUGCUUCUUGCAGAUGGGUCGGUGCCGCCCAUUUUGCGGCCCCUCGAUCCAAAGCUUGUGACGCAGGUGGCGAUGGAAAUAUUGGAGUAUGGGGCGGGAGCCGCCAACGUGGGCUGGGACGACAUUGCCGGCCUUGAACAUGCGAAGCGGAGCGUGGAGGAGGCAAUUGUGUGGCCGCUGCGCCGACCUGACCUUUUCGUAGGCCUCCGUGAUCCUCCGCGCGGGCUACUGCUGUUUGGUCCACCAGGAACUGGGAAGACGAUGAUCGCUCGAGCCAUCGCCAAUCGUGCGCAGUGCACGUUUUUGAACAUCAGCGCCUCUUCGCUAAUGUCAAAGUGGAUGGGCGACGGGGAAAAAUUGGUGCGGUGCCUCUUUGCGGUGGCUGUGGUGAAGCAGCCAAGCGUCAUAUUUAUUGACGAGAUUGACUCCCUGCUCUCUGUGCGGGGCGAGGGUGAGAUGGAUUCCGUGCGACGCAUCAAGACGGAAUUUCUCGUGCAGCUUGAUGGAGUGGCGACCGACCGUGGCGACCGCGUCCUCCUCAUUGGCGCCACCAAUCGCCCUGACGAGCUGGAUGAGGCCGCGCGACGCCGAAUGGAAAAGCGACUGUACAUUCCGCUCCCCGACGGCCCGGCACGCAGCGAGCUUGUCAAGCGACUCCUUCACACGAUGGAGCUACAGCAGCAGCUGCAGCUGCAUGCCGCAGAGGAGGGAAACACAGAGAAAAAUGCGAGAUGUGUCGUCCACGCGUUAGAUGAAAAGGACAUUGCGGAGGUCUCAGCCUCCACCGCAGGGUACUCGGGGGCCGACCUCAAGCAGGUGUGCCGUGAGGCGGCGAUGGGACCACUGCGGGAGGUCACGAUGCGCCUCACCGAUGUCUCCCUCAGUGAGUUGCGGCCAAUUCAACGAAAAGACUUUGUUCAGGCGUUGAGGCGCAUCCGUCCAAGUGUAGGCGCCUCCGAGGUGAGGCGGUACGUGGAGUGGAACACACAAUUUGGCUCCUUUGCUUCGCAAGGGGAAGACACCGCAGAGGAGGCGGAGGAGAAAAGGACUCCGUGA